UUUUUAAAAAAAAAAUUAAAAAAAAUAGAAGAUUUUUAAGUUAAAAUAUCCGAGUAAUAUAGGUGUUUAGUUUGUGGUGAAGAAGAGGAAUCGACGGAACAUAUCAUUCGCAAUUGUCCAGCGGCUAGAUUGGUAUGGAGAAAGCUCGGUGUAUCUUAGAGCAGACUUGCUGAUCCGAGUAGUUUCUUUGAUUGGAUGUUGAAUAAUGGUGAUAAGGAAAAUCUGGAGUGGGGUGAUGAAUGGCCGAGGGUAUUCGCAGUAACUUGUUGGUGGCUGUGGAAGUGGAGGAACGAGAGAAACUUUAAUCGUUCUCCGCAAAUCCCAAUUGACCAGGUGAGUUUUAUUUUUGCUCGUGUAGGCCUAAUUAAACAGGCUAUGGAAAAAGAUAUUAUGGGCCUUAACAAGAGUAGAAAGAGGAGGGAAGAAGUGUUAGUAGGAUGGAAAAAACCUGAUGUGGGGUGGGUGAAAUUGAAUACUGACGGUGAAGCGAAAGGUAAUCCCGGCUUGGCUGGAGCAGGGGGAAUAAUCAGGGGAUGCAUUGGCGAAUUAUUUGAAGUAUUUGCGUUGAAGUGUGGAGUGUGUACCUGCACGAGAGCUAAACUCGUUGCUGUGAUGAAAGGUUUGAUGAUAGCAUGGGAUGGGGGUCAUCGAAAGAUCCAGCUUAUGGUAGAUUCGGAAGUCGUUGUCCGUAUGUUAGUUGGAGACCCUCCAAUUAACUCUCACUUUAUUUCAUAUCAUCCGCAAAUGCAGAGCAUUGAUUCUCCAUAGAGAGUGGGAAAUCGAGAUUUCUCAUUGCUAUAGAGAAGCUAACAAAGCAGCCGACUGGUUAGCUAAUUUUGCGGUGAAGGCGGAGCAAAACUUCAUCUCUUUGAAGCGGUCCUAAGGGAUCUUUGGGCCGUUUUAUUGGAGGACUUGAGUGGAGUGGUGUGGCCAAGGGUGGUAAAGGAGGUUCGAAGGGGAAUAAUGUAGCUUAGCUACUAUUUAGGUGUAGUUUUUAUUUCUGUUUUCUUUGUUUGUUUUUGUUUCUUUAGUUGCUUUUUGUAAUUCCUUUUGGGGCUUGCCCCUCUUCUCCACCAAAAAAAAAAAAAAAAAAAUUCAAUUCAGCUCCAUCGUAAACAAUUCAUUUUAGCUCUAUUCACUUCAACUCAGCUAAGUAGGCCCGCCUUAAAAGGUUCGCUUGAUGGCUUAAGGUUCCGAGUUGGUAUACCCGUUUAAUUACCUUGAUCGAGGAUCGACGGCGUCAUAUCAUAACACAAGUGCCAAACCAAACAGCCAAAUCGUGCUUCUCCUAACGCUUCCUCCUUCCUUUUUCCUCAUUCCCCCAAAUUGAUUUGUAUCACAUUCCAACUUUUCCAGAAAUUCAACUCAUUCACUCACCAGAUACUUGUCAAUUGUGGUGAUGGAUCGGUCAGAAAUGGUAGAGACAUCUUGUCAGGAUCCUAUUAACAAAGAUAGCGGUGUGGAAAUCACGUGCUUUUCAGAUGCAGUAGAUGAGACACCUGUUCAUUUUCAGAUAAUGCGCUUUAACAAACAGAUUUAUGCAUGGAUUGGCUGCAUCUCUGCUAAACUCGGGCAUCUUCAUGCUGCUGGCCCGACAAGACCUAACAAUACCGUGAGCGUGACUUCAAUACUUGGGGGCACUUCUGAUAAUACUGGUGUUGGCAUUGCUCGUCGGUUAGUGCUUCGGACUGGGUUGAAUAUUAUAUUGGCUUGCAAUCUCCCGAAGGGUAACCCAUUGCUAGAGAUUGGUGCUGAGAAGAAGCUGCUAGAGAAGUUAACGAGUCUCGGAUACACAAAACCAAGAUCGGAUAAUCUACCUCAAUAAUAAAAGAUGGGUCUGCAUUUCUGGAGAAUAGAGACCAGAGAAACCCUCUAUGCAUGACCUCCUCUCUGAUGAAUAUUUGUGUGUUGAAGUCUACUACGUAUGAUGAUUAACAUUGCAACGUUUUGAGGAUGCCGUGGUUGCAGAUGGAUGAAGCUACUGUGAGGAUGCUAGCUUGAUUGAUAUAACAAACACUAAUUGAUUAGUUGAUGCUGCUUGGAUAUACCUGGUGCUCCUGUGAGAUUUGUAACUGAUUUGAAUUUUUAUUUUUUUAAAAAAAAUAGAGAAAGAGAUUGAAAUGAAUAGUACAAAGUUGCAAGAAAGUUGAUUUUCUCAUUUUCCUUUUUCUGGUUUGUUGAAGGAUAUAGUUGAUUUCUGUAGGUUAAACCUGGAAAAUAUAGUCUUGUGUAUGAUAAAAAUGCCACAAUUUCCUCUCUA